AAAUAACAACAGUGGCAACACUGUGUUCAAGUAAAAUGUAUCAGCUGGUAAUUAGGGACUGGUAUUUAUAACAAGAGGAUUACCAAAAUGGAAAACAAAAUCCAGGAAGACGAAAAUUUGAAGCACAUACUCAAUAACCCUCCGAAAACAACUCCAGCUGUCCCUACACCAGACUGGAAUACAAGUAGUCUAGCCCUCACCGUUCCAACGAUAAAACAAGAUCCUCGUAUCAUAAGUUUAGCCAUUCCUGGAUCAGCUGCAGGCGAGCCACAUACAAAUAUUACAUUACAGAACUGCGUUGCUACCAUAGACCUUCAAACUACUCUGGAUCUUCAGGUUGUCAAUGCUAGAACAAGAAAUACGGAGUAUAACCCUGGCCGUUUCCAUGGAGUAAUAAUGAGGUUACGAGAACCCCGUACCACAGCUCUCAUAUUCAGAUCGGGAAAGAUAGUUUGCACUGGAGCGAGAAAUGAACAUGACGCUUUACUGGCAUCCAAAAAGUUUGCAAGAAUCAUACAAAAAGUUGGAUUUAAUGUCAGAUUGGCCAAUUUUAAAAUACAAAAUAUAGUAGCCACCUGUGAUCUGAGGUUUCCUAUAAAAUUGGAAAACCUGAAUAUGGCACACAUGCAGUUCAGUAGUUAUGAACCUGAACUGUUUCCGGGCCUCAUCUACAGGAUGUAUAAACCUAGACUGGUCAUGCUAAUCUUCGUCAAUGGCAAAGUAGUUUUUACUGGUGCCAAAUCUAGGACAGACAUAAAAGAUGCUCUGAAUAACAUUUAUCCCAUAUUGAGAAGUUUCAGGAAGAACUAAGCUCUUGAUUGUGAUAUGAUUGUUUGCCAUUGAAACAGAUUGUUUUUUGUGAAUGUUACAAGUUUGGACUUCCAUUAUCUAAAGAGGUGUUAACAAAUUUGAAAUCUGUGAGAGAGAGAGAGAGAGAGAGAGAGAGAGAGAGAGAUCUCAAAGUAACUCAUGUCAAGCAGAAAGUCAAGAAUCCAUUCCCGGCGGGACAGGUACCUGUUACGAUACCUCUACUUUAUACCUGUCCAGCAGCAUAAAUACCGGCUUCAAACAACAAAGUUAUCAGUGUUCACUUGGAUCUGAACAAAGCAAAAACGAGACUUGGGAGUUAGGGAUAUUACGGCCCCGUCGUCGAGUCAUUUAAUUUUAGUUUCAAGUGGUCCUUGAAAAUUGCUUCAACGCAGAAGCCGAAACGUCAAACGUCAAAAUUGCAGACGCAGUUCAACCCGGGCGACAGUACAUCAUUCAUUUUCAGGACAUAACAAUGUGUUUUUUCACAAAUUGUCAUCCUUAUAGCAUCUGAAUUCUAUACCCAUUGUUCAUUUGUUUUUUCUCAAACUUUUUCAUUUUGAUGGUUUUCCAUUUUCACUAUUUCAGUCUUGUGAUUUAUAGUUAACACUUUUUCAGACAACAGAAACAUUUUCAAUAACAUUCAAACAAGAAUUUACUAUUAUCCAUACCUGUAAUUUUGUUAUUUUAUUUUUUGUCAUCAUUAAGUCUCUUCUAGAGUAAGUGGUAAAAAAUAAUUUGUAUAUAUUUUGUACUCAAUUGAUUUUUAA